ACAUACACCAAUGUCUCAGGACCCCUCUCCUUUAUUAGGAUACACUCUGCUGUAGUCUUUCACCCAGGGGAGGGCUUAGAGACAUCGUCAGUGACAUAUGGCUGGCUCCUCUUAUGUACAGCCAAAAUGGAAGAAACUGAAAACCCUUUGGAGAUGGUGAAGAAAAAGAGGGAUACUGUUUUGGAACUUGAAGUCAGAGGAAUAAGGAAGAGCCAGGAACUACUGAGACAAACAGAAACUGAGAGGCAGAAGAUAACAUCUGAAUUUGAAAAACUCCACCAAUUUCUAGUGCAGAAAGAACAAGACUUCCUGGCCCAGCUAAAGGAGAUAGACAAGGCUAUUUUAAGGACACAGGAUGAGAAUAUUAAUAGGCUCUUGGAAGAGAGGACUCUUCUCAGCAACCUUUUAAAAGAAAUGGAAAAGAACCGUCAAAAGCCUGAAAAUGAAUUCUUAGAGGAUGUCAGGACCAUCUUGCACAGGUAUGAUGAUACUAAGCCCCCUAUGUCAACUCCCAAGUUCCCUGACCUGGACGAGAGAAUCAAGAUUUUCUCACAGAAAUAUUUGUCUCUCAGCCAUUGCUUACAACAGUUUAAAGAAAAUCUACCAUCUUUUCUGAUGGAAAUGAGAGAUUCUAUGACUUUGGACCCAGAAACUGCCAACGCUUUUCUUAUGGUGACAGAGGAUCACCAGCAUGUGAAAAACAUAGGGACCAAACAGGAUGUGUCCAGAAACCCAAAGCGAUUUUCCUAUUUUUCCUGUGUCCUGGGGUCUCAAGGUUUCAACUCAGGCAGGCACUGCUGGGAAACAGAGGUUACUCAUGGAGGUUACUGGGGACUGGGAGUUGUCAAAGAAUCAGUGAAUAGGAAGCAGUGGUUUAAGCUAAGACCUGAAGAAGGAAUCUGGGCUAUCGGGCUGUACCAAAAUCAGUACCAAGCUCUUACCUCUCCCUGCACUAGUAUUGUGUUGAAAGAGAAACCCAAGAAGAUCAGACUUGUCUUGGAUUAUGAAGAGGGCUUGGUAUCAUUCUAUGAUACUGAGACUAUGAGUCACAUCUUCACUUUUUCUGCUACUUUCACUGAGAAACUCUUCCCCUUUUUCUGGCUGCCCUCAAAAGGGUCUUAUAUAACACUCUGUCCCAGUAGGGAGUCAUGCUUCCCCUGAACAUCUCUUCCUCUCUGAGAGAUUUACAACACUGACAAAUACCUAGGAGCUACUGUCAUUGCCAUCUUCACGACUGCAUAACGGAAUUCAGAUUUCUAUUCCUCACUGGGGGUUUAAGUGUUGUGUAAAUGAAAUUCACCAACCAUGAACACUUAGAGCCUUUUCCUGUUUUAAUGUGUUCGUAGUCAAGUGAUAUUUUCUAACUCUUUAUUAUUUUCUUCCACCUUUACCUUCAUCCGUCCAACUCCCUUCACAAUUCACUUUCCUCUCAUCCAACAAAACCCACCUCCCCCAAAGUCCCCCACUGUGAGAACCCUCCUCCAAACAAGUAAAAAUCUCUGAACCUAAGGCACAGCUUUUCCUAAUCAUCCAAAUGAGAACAGAGGCGAGGUGUCAAAACACAGAGCCCACACA